AUGAGAAGACCAUCGCCGGAUUGUGAGUCGUGCGAAUUUAUAGACAGCGAAUCUGGUGACGAUUCUAAUAGAAUUGUUAUUUUAGAAAUUUUCCACUUUAUACUAUCCUUCACAAUCAUUGACGAAUCCCUUCUGAAGUGGCAUGGGAGACUAGGUUUUGCUCAGAAGAUUUUGUCGAAGGCUGCACAAGUAGGUGUAAAAACUUACGAGUUGUGCGAGUCUUCCAGUGGCUAUCUCUGGAAGUUUUUUGUAUAUGUUGGAAAAGAAAAGAAAAAAACUACUAAUGAUAUCAGACCUGAUGAGACCAUCCAACCAUCGGCAUCGAAUGAAAAUGACAAUGACCGUCCCAACAACAUUGACGAUACAAACGACAAAACUGACGACGCUGAAAUGACUGACCAAACAUCGACUGGAAAUAUAAAUAACCGUCCCAGUAAUGCUACAUCAAAAAUUGUAUACGACUUGGUAGAGCUAUUACUUCAUCGUGGACAUACAUUAGUAGACAAUUUUUACAAUUGCCCAUUAUUAGCACGAUGUUUAAAACGACAAAAUACUGACUGCUGCGGAACCCUAAGACUGAAUCGAGAAUUCGUACCCGAUUCAUUAAAGACUAACGAAAACGGAACUUCGACAAGGUGAAGUAGUGGCUAGCUACUGUUCCGAUUUGUCGAUAUGUGUAUGACGAGAUGCUAACAUAGUUAGCUUGAUCUCGACAUACCAUUACCUCCAAAUCGGAUCUCGACAAAAACACAAUCGACUGAUAUUUAAGCCAAGUAUUGUCCUAGACUACAAUAAAUCCAUGGGAGCCGUGGACAGGAAAGAUCAAUUCCUGUCUGCUCAGCCCUUAGAACGUACCAAAAACAAAAUUUGGUACAAAAAACUUUUCCGGCGCAUGUUAAAUGCUGCCUUAUUUAACAGCUUCAUCAUUUUUAGAUCGGGAAAUCCCAAGAUUUCCCAUAGGCAGUUUAGGACAAUUUUGGCGAACGACUUAUUAAAAAUACACCGACAUAUUGACCUGACUACGGAACCCCGACUUAUAGUAUCUCGAGCCGGACCGACACAAACGACGCGACCAACAACGACCAAUAGACCUCAAGUUGAACAUCGACACUUCCCUGUUAGAAAUGGCCACAAAAAAGCUCGAUGUUGGAUGUGCGCCCAGCGAAAAGCCCCUGCCCGAACUAUAUGGAAGUGUCUGGAGUGCAAUAUCAACCUUUACAUUGAAGGUUGCUUCAUGGAGUACCAUAUAUAAAAAAAAUGGCGAUUAAAAAGAGUGGCGGAGAGUUUAUUGCCAGUUCUUCUCUUCAGUUCUACGCCCU